AUGGCGCAACCCAUCGAGCCUGACGCGGCUAAAAACGACUACAAUCUUUCUCAACCUCUGGAUACCAGCUCAGGUCUUCGCCAAGGUCUUACCUCUUAUGGAGACGCCCAUUUUUCCCUCUUCCUCCGCAAAGUAUUCAUAAAAGCACUUGGUUAUUCUGAAGAUGCCUUGGCCCGCCCUAUCAUCGGUAUCAUCAAUACGAAUUCGGGCUUCAACCCUUGCCAUGGCAACGCUCCCCAGCUUAUCGAGGCAGCCAAGCGAGGUGUUCAUCUCAAUGGUGGAAUCGCCAUUGACUUUCCGACAAUUAGUUUGCAUGAGGGGUUUUCCCACCCCACAAGCAUGUUUUUGCGAAACCUCAUGAGUAUGGAUACCGAGGAGAUGAUCAAGGCUCAGCCUGUGGAUGCGUGUAUCAUGAUAGGGGGAUGCGAUAAAACGGUCCCAGCGCAGAUUAUGGGGGGCAUUUCCGCUAAUAAACCUAUACUCCCACUUAUAACUGGGCCGAUGAUGCCAGGAAGUAAUCGAGGGAAGCGCAUUGGCGCCUGCACUGAUUGUCGGAACAAUUGGGCUUCUUUUCGGGCUGGCCAAAUUGACAUGGAGGAGAUUAUGGGUAUCAAUGAAGAACUUGCUCCUACGAUUGGAACAUGUGGUGUGAUGGGAACGGCGAGCACCAUGGCAUGCAUUACUGCAGCACUCGGUUUAAUCCCUCUCCAGGGCGCCUCGGCCCCGGCCGUUUCAGCAGCUCGACUAAGAAUUGCGGAGCAGACGGGCGCAAAUGCUGUCGCGGCAGCUAAAGCCCAGAGGACGCCUCAGUUUAUUCUUUCUGCCGAAUCCUUCUAUAAUGCCGCCAUCAUUCUUCAAGCCAUUGGUGGAUCCACUAAUGCUAUGGUCCACCUAAUGGCUAUGGUCAACCGUCACCCAGAGCUCAAUGGCAAUUUCAAGUUAGACAAUCUGGAUUCCAUUGGGCAAACGACGCCCCUUUUGGUGGAUUUGAAACCCAGUGGAGACAACUAUAUGACCGACUUCCAUAAUGCAGGUGGAAUGUUAUGUCUACUUAACCGCCUACGCCCGUUACUCUACCUCAACGCACAAACGAUUACCGGCGAGACCCUAGGAGAAGUACUCGACCGCUCUAACUUUCGCGACUUCGAAUCCUCGCGGUCCAUUAUUCGGACCCUUUCUGACCCCCUAUAUCCUUGCUCCUCUCUAGCAGUGGUACGUGGGAAUAUCGCCCCUAACGGUGCGGUGAUCAAGGCCUCUGCCUCUAAAGAGAAGCGUCUUCUUCAUCAUAGGGGUAAGGCUGUGGUAUUUGAGAACUCCAAAGACCUUGCUCUCCGUCUCGAUGAUCCUAGCCUGGAAGUAACCGCCGAUUCAGUCUUGGUACUCAAAGGUAUCGGUCCGAUCGGAAAUCCAGGCAUGCCUGAGGCUGGUAUGAUUCCAAUUCCGCGGAAGCUGGCCGCACAGGGCGUAACAGAUAUGCUUCGUUUGUCCGAUGGGCGCAUGUCGGGGACUGCAGGAGGCACAAUUCUUCUGCACGUUUCCCCUGAAUCGGGUAUCCCUGACUCUCCCUUCGGAGUCGUGCAAAAUGGAGACGAGAUACAGCUUGAUUUGACUAAACGAAGCCUCGAGCUGUUGAUCAGUGAAGAGGAAUUGCACCAGCGCAUCACGCUGCGGAAGGAGAGGCUUACGGCUGCAAAUGAAGGAGAACAACCAUCUGUCUGGUUGGAGCGAAAGAGUCGUCGCGGGUAUAGAGGGCUCUACGAACGAACCGUCAAUCAGUCUCAUGAAGGUGCUGAUUUCGACUUUCUGACUGCCACCGGUCCAAAAACCUAG